AUGUUCACUGAAACUGGCCCAACCAGGCUGGCUUCAUCCGCACCUCCCACCAUCUGUUUCAAUGGGAACCAAGGGAAAAUCACAAUUCCCUGCUCCAAGAACGGCGGUGAUGCCAGCGUCUUCAUGUUCGGGGUCACCAACGUUGCUCGCGACAAUCCACACGGCAGCUUCGACUGCAUCCAGCAAGUCGGCUCCGGGUCGGCGCAGGAGCUGUCAUGUCUGGGCGUGAUCCAGAAGAAGAUGACGGUGAAGGCCACGGACGACUCGUAUGACAAAGCCCUGCAGAGCAUGGCGCAGGCCGAGGAGGAGAACCGCAGCCGGGGGGCCAUCGUCAUUAAGCAGGGAGGUCGCUUCAAGCAAGGAAAGAAGGUGACAGUGCGCGCCCCGGCCCCGGCCUUGGCGAGCUUGACCAAACCCCGCCAGACGGCCAAGUCGCUUCUCCCAAGCGGCGGCAUCAAAGCGGGUGCCAUCACGUCCAAGGGCAGGAAAGGUGCGGGCGCGUCCACCGGGAGGUGCGGCGUGCAGCAGCGGCCCAUCAGAGAGAGGGUGACGCACCUGCUGGCCCUCAGGCCAUACAAGAAGCCGCAGCUCCUGUUGAGACUGCAAAAGGAUGGACUGACGCCGCCUGAUAAAAACAUGCUGGACUCCGUGCUCAAUGACGUGUGCCAACUUAAUAGGCGAGACAAGACCUUGGUGCUGAAGGACAGUCUGUACAAGGACCUGCAGAAAGACUGGCCCGGUUACACAUCAGGAGACCAGCAGCUGCUCAAACGGAUCCUUGUUAGGAGACUGUUCCAGCCUCAACAGAACCUCCUCACCGUCCCUGAGACCCAGGUGAGCCCGCUGCGGGACACACCGAACUCGUCGCCGGCGCACCGUCCCAAACCCGCCCCGGUCGAGGAGUACACCGACCCUCUGGCCAGCAAGAAAACCCGGAUAUCACACUUGACCCGCAAAGCCGCCGCCGCCGUCCAUUCUGAGCACUCGCUGGAACCCCGCAAGCUUUUGGACUCCUUGGCGGCGGCCUGCGGACAGGAAGUGGCUCGAGUAACGGCUGGCCCACUGCCUGACGUCGACAGAAACACCGUUAAAAGGAAGAAAAGCAAACACAGAGAGCAGGAGAAGGAGGAGGAGAACGGAAGCAGCAAAGAAAGGAAAACAGAGACCAGUUCGACCAAUCUGACGACUCAAGUUGCGGUGGACUGUGCAGGUACAGAAGCUGCCUUUGUGACAUUUGGCUCAGAUGGCCUUCAAACAGCCGAGCAGAACACGGACUAUUUAGCGACUUACACGGAGAUCAGCAGCCCCGCUCAGCGGCAGCGCUACAAGGAGGAGUUCAACAAACAGUACAGCGAGUACCGAGACCUGCACUCCCACAUCGACGGAGUCACCCGCCAGUUCAUGGAGCUGGAAACGCAGCUCAAGCAGCUCCACCGGGACUCGCACAAGUACAAGACGAUUCACAAUCAGAUUGUCCAGAAUUAUCGGCAAAUAAAAAAGUCCAACCCCAGCUACAGCCAGGACCGCCUGCGCUGUCAGUACCUCCACAAUAAGCUGGCUCACAUCAAGAAGCUCAUAUCCAAGUUUGACCAGCAGCAACUGGAGCGACGUUCUGCCCCUAAGUGAGGAAGGAAAACCCUUUCCAGUGAACAUCACGUUUAACAGGGCACCGGAAGCUCGAGUCUCGCUGCAUAAAUGGUCUCUCGCCGGCUGAGACGGGAAGCGCACUGACCGUAUGGAGUGUGAUGGUCGCUACUGCCAAGGACCUACGGCGCAGCAAUCACAAGCAGUGAAGCAUACGGAGUGACGGCGCUAUGACAGAGGGAGGGGAAAAAAAAGUAUUUUUUUAUUGUUGAUGUACACACUGAGAAGACACUGUUGUCCUUCUGAUUUUUAUCUUAUUUUGGGGGGAGGGCGUGUGAAAGAAAAGCCUGCCAGUGUCGCUCUUAUUUGUUGGUACAUUUGGUGUUGUUAUUCAAAGUGUUGAUAUAUAUAUGUAUUCAGGGAUUGUUAUUCAAUGACUUGCCGGAAGCAAAAAGGAUUCUAUGGUUAAAAAAAAACAAAAAACUUUGUUGCAUCCUACCUGUCUUACAGAACGCAUGCCAAUGAGUCUUCUUUGUGUAUGUCAUUUUUAUUCACCUCUAUUGCCUCGGUUAUAAUGAAACGGUGAAAAGAAAGCAUAAAAUCAGAUGUGAAUAAAUUGCCGUUUGAAUGUACUUAUAAUUCA